GAGAAUCGAAGAAGCUAAAAUCGAAUUAUUAUCCACUGAUUUUUAUGAUUCGAUAUCAGCAUCAUUAAAAGAAGGAUUAACUGCAUUAUCAAAUUGCACAAUUUCUGAAAUUAUUUGUUUGGGGCUAGGUAGAAUUGAUUCAAAAUGGCCACUAAUCUACCUAAACUUAGCAUCCUAAGAUCUCUUAUCGCCGAAUUACGUUAUGCCUUACCAGAAGGCUCAUUAAAAAAUAAUUUAGCCCUUGAAUAUAUUGUGAACCAGUUCAGAAAGUACAAGACCACCGACGAGCAAUUGUGCAAAGCCAGAGAAGAGAUGGAAUUCAUGGCCAACACCUACCUUUGUUACCUGAAAAGUUCGCGUAUGGCACAGGAAAUACACUCCGAGUUCCAUGGCAAAGGCGAACGCACUAUUCAAGAAACAGCCAACAUGGUUGGCUUUAAAUUGCCGCAUGAUCCAAAAUAAAAUUUGUUGUGUAACUUUAGUUUAUGAUCUUAAUAUGUUUUAGAAUAUAUGUAUAGUUUAUCAA